GUGUCGUCUUUAGUUCUUAUUUUAAGCAGAGAUUAGAAGGCAAAUGCGCGUUUUGCCUAUUAAGAUUUUUUGGGCUGGGGAAUCCCGGGCAAUCCUCUCCGCCUGUUUCGUGGCGCCGGGAGCUUUUAUUUUUUUUUUCGUUAAUUAUUUAUCAUUUUUAUUGCCGAUAUCCUCCCCCAAUCAGAUCUAACGAAAGAGAUCCCGGACACGGUGCCGUCACAGCAGCGAACAAAAAGGGAGAAUCUCGGAACUCCCGAGCAGUGAGGUGUCCCCCCGGCUGUGUUAGCCGGGUCCUCUCCCACCCUCGGGGGAGGGGGGUACAGGGGUUCCCCCGCGCUCCCCGCCACCUUGUUCACGUUUCUCUGGCCAGGAGUGAACCCUGCCCGCCGCCGCCAAGUUCUCCGGGGCCAGGGUCGGGGCGAGGUGCCGGCCGCCCGCCCAUGCCUUGCCGGGUGGGCUCAGCUUCCUUGACUCCGCCGGGGACACCCCUGCGUCCCUGGGGAGGGAAGGGGCAGGAGGAUCCCCGCCGAGCUCCGGGGGCUUCUUCCCCCGAGGGAGAAGGCGAGAGGCUGUACCGGCACGAGGCAAGGGCUUAACUGUCCUCGGCGUGGAGCAGCGUCCCCAGCGCUGGCAUGUGCUGAUUGCAGGAAUGCAAAGUGUUGGCGGGUGAACGUACGACACGGUUAAAAAACCCAAACCAAACAAGCCAACCAACAGCAACAGAAACCAGAGAAAUAAGAAAACCAAACACAAAAACCGUACAACACAAGUAGUAAAAAUCAAUCAGUGACCCAAAGUGCAUGGAAAUCCGACGUUGGCAUUUUGGAGUUUGCAAGCUUCAGACCUCUGGGACCAGGGAUUCAUUAAACGAGACUUAGGUUUGCAUCGAGGUGGGAACAGAAGCUCAUUAAAGCUGACUAGUUGAUGCAAGGAGAGGAAGGAAUCACUGGCGGCUGGAAAUAAAAGGAGACGCUUGUUUUUGCAUCACCGCUGACGGAGGUGCAGCACUCUCGGCCGAGAACCAGGGCUCGGAGGGGACCGGCGGAGCCCUGGCUCCAGCCGGGAAAUCCGUAUGUGCCCUCCGUCCCCCGCCCACGGGCCGCCUCGGCUGCAACGCGGCGGCGGGAGGCAACUCAAAGCCGUCCUACGGCCGCUCGCUGGAAGGAGCGAGGCUGCGAGGAGAGCCGCAACCAGGCUGUGCCGGAAUCCCUCCACAGCACACGCUAGCUGGGAAGUACCUCAGCUGUAGGGCAAAAUACAAGGACAUAAGCUACUGACCUCCUUUUAGCAUCAGGACCAGACAUACUACCCUACUCCUCACCACCAAUUAACAGCAAUUGAAAAACAGCCUCAGAAAAGCUGGUCAACCCGUUCCAUCAGUGGACAUCUUUUGUAAAACACAUUUUAUGUACUUCUGCUGAGAUCUUUUUUUCUACCUACCUACCGCAUGGUUCUAUAUUACUUAUUGGGCACUGAUGGUAGCCUCCAGAAAGUGCAGCUUCAAAUGGUCAGCCUCAUCCUCUAGCAAGAAGAAAACCUGGAUACUGGAUAGCAACAAAGUCUUCAGAGAAAAUGGUAUACGAAGGCAAACGAUUGGUUUCCUGCCAUUGUUUCUUCCUGUUAACAGCAAGAUUCUACUGGAUACUCACUCUGAUGCAAAGGACUCACGGCCAGGAAUAUGCCCACUCCAUUCGACUGGAUGGGGACAUCAUCUUGGGAGGACUGUUCCCCGUUCAUGCAAAAGGGGAUAGAGGGGUGCCUUGUGGGGAGCUCAAGAAGGAGAAGGGGAUCCACAGACUAGAGGCAAUGCUGUAUGCCAUUGAUCAAAUUAAUAAAGACCCUGAUCUUCUUGCCAAUAUCACCUUAGGUGUCCGUAUCCUCGAUACGUGUUCCAGGGACACUUAUGCAUUGGAGCAGUCCCUAACAUUUGUGCAAGCAUUGAUAGAAAAAGAUGGCUCAGACGUGAAGUGUGCAAACGGUGACCCACCUAUUUUCACUAAGCCAGACAAGAUAUCAGGUGUGAUAGGUGCUGCAGCAAGUUCUGUGUCCAUUAUGGUUGCAAAUAUUUUAAGACUCUUUAAGAUACCUCAAAUCAGCUAUGCAUCUACAGCUCCUGAGCUGAGCGAUAACACCAGGUAUGACUUCUUCUCUCGAGUGGUCCCACCAGACUCCUACCAAGCACAGGCCAUGGUUGACAUCGUUACAGCCCUUGGGUGGAACUAUGUCUCAACACUGGCUUCUGAAGGCAACUAUGGAGAGAGUGGUGUGGAGGCGUUCACGCAGAUCUCCAGAGAAAUUGGAGGUGUUUGCAUUGCUCAGUCACUCAAAAUCCCUCGGGAACCAAGGCCAGGAGAAUUUGAAAAGAUCAUUAAGCGCUUGUUGGAAACUCCAAAUGCUCGAGCAGUGAUCAUGUUUGCGAAUGAAGAUGAUAUUAGGAGAAUACUGGAAGCAGCUAAAAAAGCUAAUCAGUCUGGACAUUUCCUCUGGAUUGGGUCAGACAGCUGGGGGUCAAAAAUUUCACCAGUCCAGCAGCAGGAGGAGAUUGCAGAGGGAGCAGUAACCAUUCUACCCAAGAGAACAUCCAUAGAUGGAUUUGAUAGAUAUUUUCGGAGCAGAACACUUGCUAACAAUCGAAGAAAUGUCUGGUUUGCAGAAUUUUGGGAAGAGAAUUUUGGAUGCAAGUUAGGAUCACAUGGAAAAAGAAAUAGCAAUAUCAAGAAAUGCACAGGCUUAGAAAGAAUUGCGAGAGAUUCAGCCUAUGAACAAGAAGGAAAAGUUCAGUUUGUCAUUGAUGCAGUAUAUUCCAUGGCCUAUGCCCUGCACAACAUGCAUAAAGAUCUCUGUCCUGGAUAUAUUGGUCUGUGCCCAAGAAUGAGCACAACUGACGGAAAAGAACUACUUAGCUACAUCCGGGCAGUAAAUUUUAAUGGGAGUGCUGGAACACCUGUUGUUUUCAAUGAAAAUGGAGAUGCUCCUGGACGCUAUGAUAUUUUUCAGUAUCAAAUCACCAACAAGAGUACAGAAUAUAAAGUAAUUGGUCAGUGGAGUAAUCAACUUCAUCUAAAUGUAGAAGACAUGCAGUGGGCUAACAGAGAACACACUCAUCCAGCAUCUGUCUGCAGCCUGCCCUGUAAAGCUGGGGAAAGAAAGAAAACCGUGAAGGGAGUGCCCUGCUGCUGGCACUGUGAGCGCUGUGAGGGCUACCAUUACCAGGUGGAUGAAUUCAACUGUGAACUCUGUCCCAUUAAUAAGAGACCAAAUGCCAACCGUACGGAUUGCCAGCUUAUCCCUAUAAUCAAACUGGAGUGGCAUUCUCCUUGGGCUAUCGUGCCUGUCUUCAUAGCUAUUCUCGGGAUAAUUGCCACCACCUUUGUGAUUGUGACAUUUGUCCGGUACAAUGACACGCCGAUCGUCAGGGCCUCUGGGCGGGAGCUCAGUUAUGUGCUCCUGACUGGGAUUUUUCUCUGUUACUCCAUUACUUUUUUAAUGAUUGCAGCUCCUGAUACAGUGGUCUGCUCAUUUCGAAGGAUCUUUUUAGGACUUGGUAUGUGUUUCAGCUAUGCUGCGUUGCUUACCAAAACAAACAGGAUUCACAGAAUAUUUGAACAAGGUAAAAAAUCCGUCACAGCUCCCAAAUUUAUUAGUCCAGCUUCUCAGCUGGUGAUCACUUUCAGCCUCAUAUCCUUGCAGCUUAUUGGAGUCUUCAUCUGGUUUGCUAUUGAUCCACCACACACCAUUGUAGACUACGGAGAGCAGAGGACACUUGAACCAGAAAAUGCCAGAGGAGUUCUCAAAUGUGACAUUUCAGAUCUUUCUCUCAUUUGUUCCCUUGGAUAUAGUAUUCUCUUGAUGGUCACAUGCACUGUUUACGCUAUUAAAACAAGAGGGGUUCCAGAGACCUUCAAUGAAGCAAAACCCAUUGGAUUUACUAUGUACACAACCUGCAUAAUUUGGUUAGCUUUUAUUCCAAUCUUUUUUGGUACAGCCCAAUCAGCAGAGAAGAUGUACAUCCAGACAACAACACUUACUAUCUCCAUGAGUUUAAGUGCUUCUGUGUCUCUGGGCAUGCUCUACAUGCCCAAGGUUUAUAUUAUAAUUUUUCACCCAGAGCAGAAUGUUCAAAAACGGAAGAGGAGCUUCAAAGCUGUGGUGACAGCUGCUACAAUGCAAAGCAAACUGACACAGAAAGGAAACGACAGACCAAAUGGAGAAGUCAAGACUGAACUGUGUGAAAGUCUUGAAACCAACACCUCCUCUACCAAGACAACUUAUGUCAGUUACAGCAAUCAGGCAAACUGAGCAGGGAUGAAAUGCACUGGAAGAUCUGCAGGACUGGAUCUUGCAAACAUAGACUUUACCACCACCAGAAUUCAGUCUUGAAAAUAUCAGUAGUCUACAUUCAAAUCAAUAGUCAGUCUCCUAAAGAAAAAGGAUUAAACAAAAGCAAAAGGCAAAAAGAGACAGGGGAAGGAAAAGUCCAGUUUUAUAACAUAGUGUCAAGCUUCUGAACUGUUCACUCACAAAAGGAAGCAAAUCACAAAAGGAAAACAAAUGUUAGCUUGUGAAAAAAAAAAUGCUGUUGAAAUAAAUCAUGUCUGAUGUUAUAUUUGUAAGUACUUUUUUGUGAUUGUGACAAUUUCCUUUCCUGUCCUACAUUGUUCAACUUGUAAAAGAAGAUGAGUUUGUUUCUUGUGACGGCUGACUGAAUUAAGUCCUGGGUUAUGCUAAAAAAAUGCAAUGGUCAAUGCAUGCUAAUUUUUAUACAAAAUAAUUUAUUUCUAAUAAUAAAGGAAUGUUUUGCAAAUGUUGAGACUUGUUUUGUUGCAGUUUUAAGGAAAAAAGUCCUUACACUGUUGUCUAUUGUUUGUUUAGAAUGUGCAGUAAAGGUGGGUGUACAAAUAAAAUAAAAAUCAUGGCAUCAGAAGAAUGCAGUGUAAACUCUAAGCAUGUGUGUAUGUAUGCAUGUAUGUGUGCACCUGUGUGUGUACAUACGUGCAUGCCUGCCUGCAUGCGUGUGUGUGUGUACUCUGCAGUGUGUGAAUUUAUUUGUUCAAAGCUUUGUGACUAUAUUUUCUAAUGGAAGGAUUUUUCCCUCUUACCCUCAAAGUAAGUUCAUUUUAUAUGUUUGUAAAGUAAAGGAGUCCUGAUAGUAAUUAUUUUGUAUGAUUGUAUUAUAUUUUUGAGUCUCCACUAAUAAUUUUGAUCCUUUUCAUUUCUGGAACUUACAGUUUGUAAGACUUUAUGACAGCUAGACUGGAUUAAGCUGAAAGUCUAUUCAGCCUAGUAUCCUGUCUCUGACAGGAGAAUGUAGCAGAUGCAUAUCUCAAUAAAGGUGACUUUGAAAUAACAGAAGAGAAAUCAAUGGAGAAUUUGGAAAGCAGUAGCCUAGUGAAUAUAUGUACUAUUGCCUUAUAAACACCUACAAAUCAAAGAAAUAAAUGCCAAUCUGCAAUCUAAUCUUCCUCAUAUCUAAUGCCCAUCAUUGUGUGAGGUUAAAAACAACUAUGCAAAGAGAAAGAGAAAAUCACAUUUAUAUUUAUCAUGUUAAUGAACCCCUCCAAAUAAUUUAAAAAAUACAGAUAGGGACUGUCCCAUUUGUUACUAUUCCUGUGAUGGAUGUUCUGUAAGACUUUUUCACUCCAUACAGUUCUUGCCAUUCAUCAAGUCAAUGGGUUCUCACAUGCAGCUGAUUAUUAAAUGUUAUGUCUCCUGACUUAGCCUGGAUGGCUCCUUUUGAUUUUAUCCUCACAGCAGAUGUAUUUUUGUAAUAUAUCUUAAGGGAGCUGUAGUGGGUCCUAAAUUACAUGAAUGAAAGUUGAAGUAUCUGAAACUGAAUCUCUUUCUAUUACAGUGCCAGCAUUUAAACUUCAGUGUAGCUGGCAACUGUAUGACAGUGAGUGUUCAUUUUCAAAGUAUUUGAUAAAACAUACCUAGUGUUCCCCAGAAACUGCAUGUCUGAAGUAUUGUCUGGUGAUUGCUUUGGUAUAUAUGGUAUUGUGGGCUUGGUAUGAGUGAUAUUUUGUGUGAAAUUUCCUCUAAUGACUAUGCUACAAGCACAUCAAAGCCAAAACUAUGAACUAACAUAUGCUUACUUUAAAGCAUAUAGAUGAUGCAGGUAAUGCAAUGAAACCUGCAAAAAAAAAAAUAGUAAACUGUUUUAGUUCUACUUUGUUAGCCAAUAGCUCAUAAAAUUGAAGUUUUCUUGUGGAAAUACAUUGAUUAGAUCAAUUUUUAACAAGACAGAUUUUCAUGCCAAGGAUGGAUUUCCUAAAAGAGAAAGAAAAUCUCUUUUAUCUGAAAAGCAAUAUUUUGACAGAGUUUCUUUUCAAGAAGCCUUUGAAAAGUUUCAUUUUCAAUACACAACGAAAGAAAGUUUCAGAUACUUUGGAAUAUCCAUACCUAUUAACUUAAGCAUAACCCUAUGCAUCUGAAAAAGCAGUACAUGGGAAUUGAGUUUAAAGCACAUUUCAUAUACACAUAAACAUAUGUUACAUGUACAUAAAGAUUAGUAUAUGAUAUAUAAAUAUUUUUCAGUUUCUCAGUAGUCUGAAGAAAAUGUUAUUGUAAACAGAUUUUCCAGGAUCAAUAAACAUUUUCUUUUGUUUGAAUAGCAGGUUAAAAAUGGAAUGUAAAUUAAUAUGUGCAUUUCUGUGUAAUUCUCUCUGAAACAUGGAGUUAUAUUAAGGCUGUAAGUCCCUCUGGCAUCAAUGUAACUAAUCAGAUAAAUGAGAACAGAGUAGGAAUUACAGAACAGCACUGGUCUACAGGUUUUCCCUUCAAUAGGGUGGUUAUGUGCAGUUUGUGAAAAUGCAGGAAUAGUCCACUCAGAUUUCACAGUCAUGCAGUAGCUGAGAUCUUGAAGUUUAAUAACUAAACUUUUGCCUAGGUACAGUAAUUUUUUCCAUUUAAAAUUAAAAAAUGUCUUUAUUCUACAAAGUUAUGGUUUAUUUCUGCUCACAGAGAAGCGGACUAUUCAAUUACGAUUUCUGAUAAUUUGUGUGUGAUUAUGCUGAAGCAACUCCAUCAGGGCACACAACUUAUUUUUACUGACAGCAGAAACAAGUCCUUAAUGUCGUUUUGUGACUGCAAGAUAGAUACAAUGAGAUCGGAAUGAUUCUAUGUAUCAGGUCAAUGAACCAGGAGUCAAACAGAACUAGCAGGCAAUACUUUAACUGUUCUAUAGAAAGAGUAAUGAGACACGGCAUCUAAAAUCUCCUUUUCCAGAAAUGCCCAAAUAACAAUUUCCAAAAGGGUUUUUAACUAAUAACAUUAUCUCUCUUCCAAUUAAUAGAUAAUUUUUAUUACUAAACAAAGAAACAAAUAAAGCAAAGCAUUACUAAGAGAUACAGUUUUUAAAUCUAUUUUAUUGGAAGAUAACUUACUCAUUUAUACAUGUACUUCAAGGCAGAAUAUGAAAGCAGAAGACAUAAAAUGGUGUAGGGAGCAGUAGGCUUUGUUUUAAAAAUGUGCAUAAAUGAUCCAGUAUAUUUCCCCUUCGCAUGAGCCAUUUAAUAAAAUGAUAGCUUAUUACACUUUCAAUUAACUUAAGUGGCAUAAUUAGAAAAUUACAUAUUCUGGUUGAAUUUUGAAGAUCAAAAUUCAAUGUCAGAAGAAGGAAACAUUACUUUUCCCAAUUUUGAUAGUAUCUAAUCUAAUGGCACCUUUAGUACUUGUGAUACUGCAAUUGCAUCCAGAAAACACCAUUUUACAUGUGUGUUUCAUUUGCUGUGGAUUGUUACCUCUUGCAGUCUAAAUGUGAAAAGGUCUUUUUUUCAACAAGAAGUAAUUUCCUUCAGACUUUCUUCUGAGAUUUCAGUAGCUAAUAGGAGAGCAAGGAAUGUGUAUCACUAAUCCUUAUUCUGCUUCCUGGGAAAGUAAAUUAUUGUUAUUAAUGGGUUACAGCAAAUGGAAGAAGGAGCAGACCUUAUCUGCAGUGGACUGCAUCCUAUACUUUUGAAUAUUAUAGAAAUCAUAUUGUGUCCUGCUUAGCUUAAAAUUUAGCUUCUUUCUUGGCCUUAAUUACCAGUAAGAGCCUGAGAACGGAAAAAUAUUUGGUGGAAAUAAUCUAUUGCAUCUGUGCAAUGAAAAUAAACUGGCUGACGUGAAAGACAAAUUAAUCUGUAAACACUUUGUUUAUAAUGACUUAAAGGAAAUUGGAAAACUUACUAAUGAGUAUAUUAAAAGCUUUAUCAGGAAACUUGUUUCAGCAGAAUCUUAUGAACAUUUUCAGGUUGUCUUAGAAGGUUACAGUAGAAGUCUUUGCACAUUUCAUAUAUUUUGAUAACUGUAAAUUCCUCUGUCACAUUAAAACACUAAAAUAAUGGAGAGCAAUACUUUUUCUCAUUUGACAUUAAAAUGUGACAGCAGGUCAAUAACUGCCAGGAACUUAAUAUUUUAAGUGGUACAGCAGCAGGGAAGAGAAAACAGCAUUGUGCUAAAAGCUGAAACAAUGCUGGAAAUACAGUAAGAUGCCCAGUAACCUUAUUGACAAACCAAGCUCCUGUUUGUAUUAAACAAAUACCUUGUCUCUGGGUAGAAGUGGAGUAAUAUAACAUACAGAGGAGUAUGGACAUGAAUUAAAAAAAAAAAAAAAAAAAAAAAAAGAGCAGUCACAGCUAAAAACCCUUUCAUAAGCAGCACAAAAUACUGGAAAAUGUCGAAGGAUUGUACCAGCUCCAGAUACAGACCUCUGUAAAGGGCACACUCCAUCCCCAGAGUGGGUGUUCAUCUUACAUCCUCUGCAGAGCUGCAGUGAGAAAACAUGACAAAAUAAUCAAUGGAAGCUACCAGAAUUAAUGUUGGAUGAGGUAGAAAAUAACAAAAUAGACCCAUUUUUCUUUAAAAUUCAAGCAAAUAUUAUGAUGGUGUCCAAGGAAUUAGCACAACUUCUGCAAAGACCUGCAAAUACAAGUAUGUUAACAUUUUUUUCACAAGGUGUAAGCUAUGAUCAAAGGUUGCAACGUCACAAAUAAGACAGCACCUCUCUUUCCACCAAUGAAUUAGCUCAUUCUCUUUUAUCAAUGACUAAUUCAGUGCCAGGAUUUCAGAAAAACUCUGGAGAUUCCCUGGCCAAUAAUAACCUAGUCUGAGAAGGAACCGGAUGACAUUUUCCAAAAUAAAGGGAAAAUUUCUCUGUAAAACUGAUUUUUUUUUUUUCCUUAAUUUUAAAUUUCCAGGUCAACAAUAUAUUGAACAACACUGCAAGUGCACUAACUUCAUCCUCAUCUCAGAGGAAGGAAAACAUAAAUUGCAUGGCUGGUAUCACAUCCUGCUUCAUGCACAGGUGUCUUUGAUGUUCUUUGAGUGAGUGACAAGCCAAAGUUAAACAUUAUUCUGAAAAAUUUUUCUGCAAGAUUGAUGUCAAUAAAAAGUGCUAUAUACAGUA